AUUCACUCCAAACUCCCCCAAACAACCCUCCACCCUCCUCCUCCUCUCUUCCUCCUCCCCCUACCCCCCCUUCUCUCCCCCAAUAUAUCGUUUCGCGUAAAUUUGUAUAUAUCUCACACUCUUGCCCCCUCACCCCCAAAACACCCAGUGACUCUCUCGUUCUUUGUCGUUCUCACCUUCUCCCUCCUCCGGCUUCCUGGCGUCCAUUGCUUUGCCACUUCACCAACAACCCUCAAAGGACGAAAAAGAAGAAGAAGAACCCCUUUCAAUCCCCUCCAUUAAUCAAUCCUUCACAAACAAAGACAAGAACAAACCACCCAAACCCACCGCCACCAUGUCCACCGUCCCCGCCGACCCCGUAGCGGUCGAUGACAAGGCCACCAUCAACGCCGUCAACACCACCACCGCCUCCAACGGCCUCAACGAGGUCCGCGCCUACGACUAUGGCGGAAACCCGCUCGCCCACUCCCACACCGACGACUCCGUCCGUCGUCUCCCUGCCUUUGGUGGUGAGUUCCAGCCCGGUCUGUACAAGGAGACCUCCCACCGCAAGUUCGCCAACCCGGCGCCGCUGGGCCUGUCGGCUUUCGCCCUCACCACUUUCGUCCUCUCCUUGAUCAACCUCCAGACCCGCGGCGUUACCGCGCCGAACUUCAUUAUUUGUCUCGCUUUUGGCUAUGGUGGACUCGUCCAAUUGCUCGCGGGCAUGUGGGAAAUGGCCGUCGGCAACACCUUCGGAGCCACCGCGCUCUCCUCCUACGGCGGCUUCUGGCUCUCCUUCGCCAUCAUCCUGACCCCCGGCGGCUUCGCCAUCGGAGACGCCUACAAGGACAAGGACGACUUCAACCAUGCCAUCGGCUUCUACCUCGCCGGCUGGUUCAUCUUCACCACCAUUCUCCUGAUCUGCACGCUUCGCUCGACUGUGGCCUUCUUCCUGCUGUUCUUCACCCUGGAUCUUGCCUUCCUCUUCCUCACUAUUGGGCACUUGCAAUUGCAGGAUGCUGGUGUUGGAAAGCCAAGGACUACGCAGGUGGGUUGCAUCAAGGCGGGUGGUGUUUUUGGGCUGCUCGCUGCGUUUUUGGCUUGGUACAACGCCCUUGCUGGUAUUGCCGAUACUAGCAACUCCUUCUUCAUCAUCCCCGUCGCCCACUUCCCCUGGUCCGACAAGGGCCGCGAGGCACGCGUCACCAAGACCGACCGCGAGACCGUCUAAAGAAGUGUUGGCAGCUCCGUGAUUUUGCGCGCGCGCGAGAGAGAGAGUACAAGAGAGAAGAACAACUUGUAUAGAAAAGAAUGGAACAUUGGCCUCGUCGUUUUUUAGGAUCUUGACGGUUUUGAAAGAGAAUAUGUAAAAAACCUGGAAACAUUCCGAAAGCGCUACUGUGGGAAGUUUAUUUUUGUUAUGAGGAUUUUUGAUCGAUUGGGCUGCUCUGCUGCUUUUUUUUUAAUAAUUAUCAGAAUGCGUCGAAUAUAAAGCGCCUCUUUCUUGGCCAUAUUUUCGAGUACCGACUGUCCUUUUACUACGUUCUUGGUUUGCUACAUGCGUGUUCACGUUUCGUGGUAACCAGUUCUCAUCAAAGCAUUCAUUGUUCAUCUUGCGAGAGUUGUCCUCCCCAAAAGUCACACACUUUCAUUAGCAAGCACAAUAUUGCUGUAUUUUUAAGUUAUCUUUUGUUGUUUGUUUGCGGAUGCGGAAGUCUUUGAAUACCCAGUCUAGUCUUUUGCCUUUUUUUUUGGAAUACAAAUUCACAGAUUAAUCAAGUCAUGUUCAAGCCG